AUGCUCAUCGGUUUAUGUGGAGGAAUUUGCGCCGGCAAACAUGCCAUUGCCGAGUAUCUGAUUCAACAUCAAGGAUUCCAGCUCCUUGAACUCACGGGCAAACAUCACUCUCGGUCUACUGACUCGGGAGAUGACCUACUGCUGCAAGCCUCAGAGAUCAGAAAGAAAGUAGAAUCUCAAUCUUCAGAGUUUACGUUUCAAAAUGCCGACAGUCUGCUUGAUUUCACCACCAAAAGAUGGCAAGAACGCUGGAUCACCACAGACAUUGCAGAUGCGACUACCCUGGAUCGAUUCCUUCUGCGUCCCUUCUUUCUUCUAGUGAGUGUUGACGCCCCAGUCAGCCUCCGGUGGAAGCGAUUUGCCGACAGAUGCUGGCGAAGACAACUAGAUCCGCCCGACCUUGAGAAAUUCGUCCAGUGGAAUGACAAUAAUCUAUAUAACAAGGAUAUUGGACGUGUUCGCCUGUUCAACCCCUCAUCGUCUCUCGAAGAGCUACACUCAGCUCUGAAGACACUCAAUCUGGCGGAUGAACAACGGCUCAGGCCUACUUGGGACCAGUAUUUUAUGCAACUAGCCUCCCUUGCCGCCCAGAGAAGCAACUGCAUGAAAAGAAGAGUGGGAUGUGUUCUUGUCCGAGAGAGCCGUGUCAUCAGCACAGGGUAUAAUGGCACACCACGACAUCUCCAGAACUGCAAUCAAGGUGGCUGCCCACGAUGCAAUCGCGGAGACGGAGGCGGAGUCGGCCUUUCAACCUGCCUUUGCCUUCACGCGGAAGAGAAUGCCUUGUUGGAAGCAGGUCGAGAGCGGAUUCGAGAAGGAGCAAUCCUCUACUGUGACACAUGUCCUUGCUUGACAUGCACUGUUAAGAUCGCUCAGGUCGGCAUCUCAGAGGUUGUCUAUUCACAAGGAUACAACAUGGACAGCGAUUGCUGCUAUUCUGCAAGAGGCAGGCGUACGACUACGACAAUUCCACCCGAUUACGUUGCGGGGAACAUUCGUUCACUGGUCAAUGCGAUCAAUCAAGUCGGAUAUGAGGUCGAAUGGAUUAGAUCUCCAGAGGAUGUGAUAAACGCAGACAAACUGAUCCUUCCCGGCGUGGGCCACUUCGGCCACUGCCUUUCCCAAUUGGACAAAGGAGGGUUUUUGGAGCCCAUCAGACAGCACAUAAAGGCCGGAAAGCCCUUCAUGGGAAUUUGCGUUGGUCUACAAGCCCUUUUCCAGGGCUCAGAUGAGGAUUCGGAUGUCCUUGGACUCGGCGUCAUCCCCAUGCGCAUUCAGAAGUUCAACGACACCUCGAAGAGUGUACCUCAUAUUGGAUGGAACUCCGCGAUAAAUACUGAAUCCGAUACAAGCUUCUUUGGAUUGCGGCCGACCAGCAAGUAUUAUUACGUCCACUCCUAUGCGGCCCCAUACACACCGGGAGCCUUGGAGAAGGACGGCUGGUCCGUAGCCACAGCAACAUAUGGGGAGGAAGAGUUCAUUGGCGCUAUCAGUCGGGGUAACGUCUUUGGUGCACAAUUCCACCCAGAGAAGAGUGGUGUCGCCGGACUGCGGGCCAUCCGUGCAUUUUUGGACGGCGAUCAGUUCCAGUCUCUUUCGGGGGAUCUUGCUUCCGGCAAAGAAAAUGGACUCACUCGCCGAGUUAUUGCCUGCCUUGACGUUCGGACAAAUGACUCCGGUGACUUGGUUGUCACAAAGGGCGACCAAUACGAUGUCCGCGAGAAGAGCGGAGACGCCGGUGGAAAUGUUCGCAAUCUUGGAAAGCCGGUUGAGAUGGCUAAGAAAUACUAUGAACAAGGGGCGGAUGAAGUGACAUUUUUGAACAUCACCUCUUUCCGAAACUGCCCAGUCGCCGACACUCCAAUGCUCGAGAUUCUGCGACAAACAUCCAAAACAGUCUUUGUGCCUUUGACAAUUGGUGGUGGAAUCAAAGACACUGUUGACACCGACGGCACCCGCAUUCCUGCAUUAGAUGUGGCAACGAUGUAUUUCAAGUCCGGAGCUGACAAAGUCAGCGUUGGGUCUGACUCUGUCUUUGCCGCUGAGGAUUAUUACAAUGCCGGCGAGAAACUGAGUGGCAAAACUGCCAUUGAGACGAUAUCACAGGCCUAUGGCAAGCAGGCUGUUGUAGUGAGCGUUGAUCCAAAGCGGGUCUAUGUGGAUAAGCCAGAGGAUACCCACCACCACACGUUCAAGACUCAGUUCCCCAACGCAAACGGCCAAAGCUACUGCUGGUACCAAUGUACCGUAAUGGGUGGCCGUGAAACCCGCGACAUUGAUGUCUGGCAACUCGUUCGUGCCGUCGAGGCCAUGGGUGCCGGUGAAAUUCUUUUGAAUUGCAUUGAUAAGGAUGGAAGCAACAGUGGAUUUGAUUUAGAGUUGAUCAACGACGUCAAAGCCGCGAUCAAGAUUCCAGUCAUUGCUUCAAGUGGAGCUGGUGUGCCAGCGCACUUUGCCGAAGUUUUCAACAAGACCACGACUGAUGCAGCAUUGGGAGCAGGAAUGUUCCACCGUGGUGAAUAUACUGUGACUCAGGUGAAGGACCAUCUCAAGACAGAGGGAUUCUUGGUUCGUCAAUUUGAGGCUGAAAUUUGA